AUUUAUUCGCGCUACAUCAAAGUUUGUGCUACUUUUGUAGCGUCGGAGCACUACAGUAUAAAGUCCCUAUCUAUUCAUUCAUCAUGGUUGUUGAAUCAGAUGAUUCUAGCUUUCGUCAGUUGGAGUACUACUCUUUAGUUUCAAAAGUUUGCACAGAGUUGACAAAUCAUUUAGGUUUGGAUGAUAAAGCUUUAGCUGAAUUUGUUAUUCAUUUGGCAAAGAAAAAUCCAACCUUUGACAAAUUCAAAAAUGCCUUAGAAAAAAAGGGUGCUGAGUUUACAGAUCCAUUGAUAGCAAGUAUUUUACGCUUAGUCGAAAAAAUGCUUCCAAAGAAAGAAAAAGUUACUAAAAAGAAAACUGUAACAUCAAAUAAAAAACCAGAGACGGAACAGGAUACUGUAAAAAAUAAAUUAGAACUGAGAAAAAGACUUCUACCCGCCUUAUGUAUGCCGAAUGAAGAUCCAGUUGACGGAAAGCUAUCAGAUAUUGAAUCAGAGGAUGUAAAAUCUCAUACCAUGAAUACAUCUUCCGGGGAUCGAACUAAUGGAAUAAAUGAGAGAUUCAUUCAUCCUGAAGAGUUGGAAAAUAAAUCAUACUGUAAUGGUGAUGAUAAUAAUGUCAAUAGUGGAGAUGAUGUUGAAGCUAUGGCUAUGAUUAAAGACUUGGAAUUAUUGUUAACAGAUGCUAAAGUAGCUUCUUUGUCAGAAUCUAAAUCACACAGUGAAAAAAAGAAUGAAAGUAGACGUGGUCGUCGUUCACGUUCACGUUCCCACUCGAAAUCUCCACAUCGUUCACGUCGUUCAGAUAGAAGAGCUCAUCAAAGAAAUUCACUCACGUCUAGUGAUCAUCGUGGUCAUCGAAAACGUUCCAGAUCCCCUCAUCGAAAACAAUCUAGAUCUCCAUCACCACACUCUACGCGACGUCAUUCUAGAGAUCGAUCUCCAGACAAUAGAUCAUCAAAUCAUAGGAAUCGAUCACGAGCUGAUCGUACUCCACCGAAAAAAUCUUCUCGUGGUUCAAACAGUCCAAAUUCAUCUGAGAAUAAACAUCAUAAUGAUCUACCGUUGGAACCAUCUGUUGGAGAUAUAUACCGUGGUCGUGUUACCAAUAUACUUGCAUUUGGAGCAGUUGUACAAUUAGAUGGUCUUCGUAAAAGAUGGGAAGGAUUAGUGCAUGUUUCUCAACUUCGUCGAGAAGGUCGUGUAGCUAAUGUUGCAGAUGUUGUUAAUCGGAAUCAAAAGGUUUGGGUAAAGGUGAUCUCUUUUACUGGUACUCGAACUGGUUUGAGUAUGCGUGAAGUAGACCAAGAAACUGGUGCCGAUUUAAAUCCUUCAAAUAUUAAUCAUGAGAAAAAAAUAAGUUAUUCUACUGAUUCAUCGGGUAAAGAUAAAAUACGUUUAGUGGAUGAAGAAAAUAUUGACGGAGUACGUAAUCCAGAUCGUCCUCCAACCAAUGCUGGACCAGGACUUUUUGGUAGUAGACGUAGAGAUGUAGGAUUUGAAGAAGAUAUUGAAUCGGGUCCAAAAAGGAAAGUUCAACGAAUUAGUAGUCCAGAACGUUGGGAAUUGAAACAAAUGAUGUCAGCUGGAGUUAUUGAGAAAACAGAACUACCUGAUUUCGAUGAAGAGACUGGACUUCUACCGCGUGAAGAAGAAGAAUCUGAUGAAGAUAUUGAAAUUGAACUUGUUGAAGAAGAACCACCAUUUCUUAAGGGUCAUGGUCGACAUGCUAUGGAUCUAUCACCUGUUAGAAUUGUUAAAAAUCCAGAUGGAUCACUCCAACAGGCGGCUAUGAUGAGACAAGCUCUACAAAAGGAAAGACGUGAAAUGAAGCAACAGGAAAGACAAAAUCAGGUAACAGCUGAACGCGAAGCUGCUCCUGAACGUAUGGGUAAAGACUGGCAUGAUCCAAUGGGAUUUACACUGGAUAAUGAACCACACUUCUCAGGUUCACGUUCAAAUGAUCAAUUUAAAGAUGUACCAGAAUGGAAACGUGCUGUUCAAGGUGGUACAAGAACAGGAGGUGUUGGUAAAAAGAUUGUCCGUUCUAUCUUAGAACAACGUCAAGCUUUACCAAUAUAUAAAUUAAAAGAUGAAUUGAUGAAAGCAGUCAAUGAUAAUAAAGUGUUGAUUGUUAUCGGAGAGACUGGCAGUGGGAAAACAACACAGAUUACACAGUAUUUAGCUGAAGCAGGUUAUGUGAAUACAGGACGUAUUGGAUGUACUCAACCACGUCGAGUAGCUGCGAUGUCUGUAGCUAAACGCGUAUCCGAAGAAUUUGGUUGUCGUUUAGGUCAAGAAGUUGGUUAUACAAUUCGUUUUGAAGAUUGUACUGCACCGGAGACUAAAAUCAAAUACAUGACAGACGGUAUGCUUUUACGUGAAUGUCUUAUUGAUCCGGAUUUACGCCAAUACUCAGUGAUUAUGUUAGAUGAAGCUCAUGAAAGAACAAUUCAUACAGAUGUAUUAUUUGGUUUAUUAAAGAAAGCAAUUCAAAAACGUGAUGAUAUGAAGUUGAUUGUAACCUCUGCUACACUUGACUCUGUCAAAUUUUCUCAGUACUUUUUUGAAGCUCCUAUAUUCACUAUUCCUGGUCGUACUUAUCCUGUAGAAAUUCUUUAUAGUUUAGAGCCAGAGAAUGACUACUUGGACGCUGCACUGAACACUGUUAUGCAAAUCCACUUGACUGAACCUCCAGGAGAUAUAUUGGUGUUCUUGACUGGUCAAGAAGAAAUCGAUUCUGGUUGUGAACUUCUCUAUGAACGUAUGAAAGCUUUAGGUUCAGAAGUGCCAGAAUUAAUUAUUUUACCAGUGUAUGCUGCUCUACCGUCUGAAAUGCAGUCAAGAAUUUUUGAUCCUGCUCCACCAGGAUCACGUAAAGUGGUGAUUGCUACGAAUAUCGCUGAGACAUCUCUGACAAUUGAUGGAAUUUAUUAUGUUAUAGAUCCAGGAUUUGUAAAACAAAAAGUGUACAGUAGUAAAUCAGGAAUGGAUCAGUUGAUUGUCACUCCGAUCUCACAGGCUCAAGCUAAACAACGUGCUGGACGUGCAGGUCGAACAGGCCCUGGUAAAUGUUAUCGUUUAUAUACAGAACGAGCGUACAGAGAUGAAAUGUUAGCUACAAAUGUCCCAGAAAUACAGAGAACAAAUUUAGCCAGUACUGUCUUGCAGUUAAAAGCUAUGGGUAUAAAUGACUUACUAUCAUUUGACUUCAUGGAUCCACCUCCAUUACAGACACUUGUUGCUGCCAUGGAGACUUUACAUGGUUUAUCUGCUCUGGAUGAUGAAGGCUUGUUGACACGUCUUGGAAGAAGAAUGGCUGAAUUUCCUCUUGAACCUAUGCUUUCAAAAAUGUUGAUCAUGUCAGUUCAUCUACAGUGUUCAGAAGAAGUAUUGACUGUUGUCUCAAUGUUAUCUGUUCAAAAUGUGUUCUAUCGUCCAAAGGAGAAAACUGAGUUAGCAGAUCAGCGUAAAGCGAAAUUUCAUCAACCAGAAGGUGAUCAUCUUACCCUGUUAGCUGUAUACAAUGCAUGGAAGAAUAAUAAAUUCUCUGCACCAUGGUGUUAUGAUAACUUCUUACAAGCAAGAACAUUGAAACGUGCUCAAGAUGUUCGAAAACAAUUACUCGGUAUUAUGGAUAGACACAAACUGGAUGUUGUUUCUUGUGGCAAGAAAACUGCCUUAGCUCAAAAAGCUAUCCUGUCUGGAUUCUUUCGUAAUGCUGCAAAGAAAGAUCCACAAGAAGGUUAUCGUACACUAGUUGAUCAACAAGUUGUAUAUAUUCAUCCAUCAUCAGCACUGUUCAAUCGACAACCGGAUUGGGUUGUAUACCAUGAACUUGUCAUGACAACUAAAGAGUAUAUGCGUGAAGUGACAACAAUUGAUCCACGUUGGUUAGUUGAAUUUGCUCCGAAUUUCUUUAAAUUUGGUGAUCCAACCAAGUUAUCACGUGCUAAAAAGUCAAUGCGUAUUGAACCAUUGUUUAGUAAAUUUGAAGAGAAAGACUCAUGGCGUAUAUCACGUGUCCCAAGAAAGUUUCAUGUCAAAGUUACUUUUUAAAUAUUUCUUUCUAUUGGGAUUAUUUGGAAGAUUUUCUUUUCAUUAUUAUUAUUUAUUUUAAACCUAAUUUCUCUUCUCUUUUUUUUUAUACACGUAAACUUACACUCACUCACACAUUAUUCUGUACAGUUGAAUUUUCUUCCUUGUAACCACUUUGUUCUUUAACUUGAGACUACCUUCAUCAUUAUAGUCUACUGUCAGAGUAUUGUUUGUUACCUUGUGCAGUGUACUUCCAAAAUGCCUAACAAAACUCUACCAGAAUGUUUCUAUGUGAAAAAUGUGUUUAACUGGUGCAACAUGUUGUUCAGUAUUGAAGAAAAAAAAUAGAACUAAUUUGUAAAUUUUUCAGAAUUGUUUUUGUUUGUUUUGUUUUUUUCUUGACGAUGAAUAAAUAUAAAUUCAACGACUGGAAA